AUGCCUACUCGAAGCUUCAACCCGUUCGCGACCUCUACCCCUAAUCCGCCCCUCGACCCCCUCAACUCCCUCAACGAGAAGCGCGAGCCUGUGCGCCGCGCUUCCUUCGCAAAGGGCAACAAAAUCACUUCGCUCUUCGGUGGCUCACCCAAGGCGCGCAACGACGCCGCUCUCCUUCGCGAGGCCUUUGUCGCCCAACAACAAGCCCUCCUCAACUCGCCCUCCCCGCAACAGAUCAACUCGUCGUCCUUGGCCCUCCCCUCCAUCAGCCUGACCACUGCGACGGGCGAGAAGAUGCCCGCCGAGCCCAAGACGCUCUUCCAGCCACCCACACCAGAAGAGCAACGCCGGCUCGCCCGACAACACGCACAAUUCGGCCCCCUCGGCUCACAAAAGCAUCGCUACUCGAGCAAGUUCGAGGGAGAGUUUGGUGACCCCAUCGAGGACGAGCCGCCCUAUUACUUCCUUUUCACCACAUAUAUUAGCUACCUAGUCUUAAUAGUAUUCGGACAUGUGCGCGACUUCUUUGGCAAGCGUUUCAGGAAGCAGCACUACAGCCACUUGCAGGAAAAAGAUGGAUAUGCGCCCCUGAACAGCGACUUUGACAACUUCUACACCCGCCGUCUCAAGAUGCGAAUCAACGACUGCUUCUCACGGCCGACCACCGGUGUCCCGGGCCGCUUCAUCACCGUACUCGAUCGCAAGUCCGACGACGGGAACAACACAUUCAAGAUGCUGGGCACGACGACGGAGACACUGAACAUGAGCUCCUACAACUACCUUGGGUUCGCCCAGUCCGAGGGGCCAUGCGCCGACGCGGCAGAAGCCGCCAUCAGAAAGUACGGAAUCUCAAUGGCUAGUCCCCGGUCAGACAGCGGUACCUCUGAGCUCACCGUCGAGGUGGAGGAUCUCAUUGCCAAGUUUGUCGGCAAGCCAGCUUCCAUGGUCUUCUCCAUGGGUUUCGUCACCAAUGCAACCACCUUUCCCACCAUUGUGGGCAAGGGCUGUCUCAUGAUUUCCGACGAGCUGAACCACUCGUCGAUCCGAUUCGGCGCUCGUCUCUCAGGCGCCAUGGUCACCACAUUCAAGCACAACGAUAUGCGCAAUCUCGAACGCAAGCUCCGCGAAGCCAUCUCACAAGGUCAGCCCCGCACCCACCGUCCCUGGAAGAAGAUCCUCGUCGCUGUCGAAGGUCUCUACUCAAUGGAGGGAACCAUGUGCAACCUGCCCGGUAUCAUCGCCCUAAAGAAGAAGUACAAGUUCCACCUCUUCGUCGACGAGGCCCACUCGGUCGGUGGCGUCGGUCCCCGCGGUCGGGGUGUAUGCGACUACUUUGGCAUUGACCCCGCAGAAGUCGACAUCCUCAUGGGCACACUGACCAAAUCCUUUGGCGCAAACGGCGGUUACAUUGCGGCCGAAAAGGCCAUCAUCGACAAGUUGCGCACCUCCAACGCCGCCAUGCUCUUCGCCGAAUCCCCGGCUCCCCCCGUACUCCAGCAAAUCUCCUCGGCCCUCCGCAUCAUCGACGGCAGCAUCGUCCCCGGCCAGGGUGAGGAGCGCCUCCAGCGUCUAUGCUUCAACUCGCGCUACCUGCGCCUCGGUCUCAAGCGCCUCGGCUUCAUCGUCUACGGCCACGACGACUCGCCCAUCAUCCCCGUCAUGCUCUACAACCCCGCCAAGAUGCCCGCCUUUUCGCACGAGAUGCUCAAGCGCAAAAUCUCCGUCGUCGUAGUCGGCUACCCCGCCACCCCACUCGUCUCCUCGCGCGCCCGCUUCUGCGUCAGUGCGGCACACACCAAGGACGACUUGGACCGCAUGCUCGCAGCGUGCGACCAGGUCGGCGACUUGCUGCAGUUGAAGUUUAGCAGCGGCGUGGCCGGCGGUGCGGACCCGGACGAGGCGCAGACGAUGACGACGACGAAGACGAAGAGUGCAGGCGCAGACGACAAGGGUGCCGUGGUUUCGCCGCCGAGAUGGAAGCUCGAGGAUGUGCUGAGGCGGAAUGUGGAUGAUGUGCAAAAGGCACUGAUAUGA